AUGGCUGCUGCAAAUGCUGGACGGAUUGACUAUACACAGCCUGGACCCAUUGACGACUCGGUGUUGUCACAGCAGGCGAAGCAUCGGUCCGAAGCUAUUUGGAAUGGGCGGGAUCCAGGAUCCAUUACCUGCCGUAGCCGUAGUUCAGAGUUCUCCAAGCAACCUCCAAUGGUGGAUGACCGAGUGAGGAACAUCAUCAACACAGUUGGUUUGGAGGGACUCCUCUGGGUCCCGGGUAGAGAGAUUGACAAUGGCCUGAUAACGGCCUUAGUGGAGCGAUGGCGGCCCGAGACUCACACAUUUCACAUGCCAUAUGGUGAGGUCACUAUCACAUUGCAGGAUGUGGAGGUUCUUCUCGGGCUUCCUGUUGAUGGUGACGCUAUAACAGGGAGCACACAAAAAAUUUGGGUGGAUGUGUGCCGGGACUUCCUUGGCUUUCGACUUGUAACUCAAAACAACCAUAAGCAACUUGAUGGGCAGAGGAUUCUCAUCAACCGGCUUUUGGAGGAAGUUGCUAACCCAUUGCCGCUUGAUGCUGAAGAGGAUCAGCUGCAUAAGUACGCACGAUGCUACAUCCUAGCGCUAUUGGGGGACACAAUAUUCAUGGACAAAUCUGGCGAUAGAGUGCAUAUAAUGUGGGUGCAGCAGUUGGAAGACCUUCACAACCCACGGAGGUACAGUUGGGGAAGUGCUUGCCUUGCAUGGUUGUAUCGAGAACUAUGUAAGGCAAGCGAGGACACCAGUCAGAUUGGUGGGUGCUUACUGUUGCUCCAGUACUGGGCAUGGGCCAGGUUCCCCUAUUUGUGCCCGACAGUUGAGCGUGGCCCGCCAGUGGGUGCUUAUGGUCCUCCAGUACGUGGUCCACUAUCCCUGAACUGGUGGUUGUGGGUCCCAAAUAAGAAAAAUAGGCCCGCCCACAUCUUCAGGGACAGGUAUCGCGAGCAACUAGCUUCCAUGUUGCCAGACCAGGUGGUGUGGCAACCAUAUGAAGCUCAUUUUGACGACCUCCCGCCGUGGUGUGUUGCAGGGAGGGCCGUAUGGACGGCAACGGUGCCGCUUGUAUGUUUCCACCUAGUAGAGAAACAUACACCGGAUCGUGUUGUUCGUCAGUUCGGGAUGAUCCAAGAAAUUCCCCGCAAUGUUAACACUGACAUAGUGCUUCAUUGCAUUGAUUUGAGGGGGAAGAUCGAUGUUAAUUGGAUGCAGAAACAUGCUGUGCAUAUCCUUGAGUGGGGUAAUCGCUUGUAUCGGCGUUGUGAAGCAGUGCUUGGUGAUAUGCCUCCAAAGCACGAGUACCACGACUGGUUCAAAAGGGUGACUCGGAGGUUUAUUGAUAGGCCUGGUGCUGUCGUGACUCUACUGAUUGAAGGAUACGUCCGUUUGUUGAGGCGUCACCCAGUGGGCACGGAGGACCACAACGACAUUAUUGAGGUGCUGACGGUAGUGCAGGCGAUGACACGUGUCCAACCUCCUAUCCCUGAGGCCUCGAUUAAGGAGGCAGCUAUGCCUACCGGCCCAAGCACGAGCACAGCUCUGGCCGGAUGUCAAUCUCGUCUGCCUGUUGCUACCCCCCAGCUUGUCCCUACCCCUGAUCCCUCUGCAUCCACCCCACAUGCAUCCGCCAGCCCCACCAUCCCUUCAUCCACCCCACAUCCAUCCCCUACCGUCACCAUCCCUUCACCCAACCCACAUUCAGCUCCUACGUCCACCAUCCUUUCACCUAGCCCACAUUCAGCCCCUACGCCCACCAUCCCUUCACCCACCCCCCAUCCAUCUCCUUGCCCCACCAUCCCUCCACCCACCCCACUUCCUUGUUCUGGGUCUGACGUCCGUCCACCCACCCCACAGUCAUUUCUUCAGCUGUCACCCAUUCCAUCCUUUGACCUGGGUACCCCACCUGACAUGUAG